GCGCAUAAGAUUUUCAUCUGCAGUGCAAAAAAAAAACAUCGAUAGGCUGUUUUGUGUGUCCCUCUAAUUAUCAACCGACGGAGCCGUAAAUCAUAGUGGACAUUCGACAUAUAAAAUCCUGUAAUGAUUAAUUAGUGUCCCGAUACCGUAAAUCCAGCGUGUGACUAUCAAUUGAACCGCGCAUGAAGUGAACCAGAACCAGAUUAAACAUGUGAUAGGAUCCCACCGCACAACCCAAUCAUGCGAUAAGCCACGGCUGAAGAGACAGAAGAUCAAAAAAAAAAUAAUAAUAAUAACAUAAUGCUGGUGAAAAGUAUGCGAAAAUUAAAUGUGAAUCAGCACGAAUUAAUUGCAUUACCGAGGGCGGUGACAUCCGUGCUGGUGGUGACAGUUACCACCCUGCUGCCGAUGAUGGUGUUGCUCCGGAAUGGCUGUCAAGCGGCGCCUUCACUCGCAGCCAAAUCCUGGCCGGUGAUGAAAAAUUAUGACAUCUGGGGUCCGCCGGCCGAACAGGUCUCGCGGGAUGCAGAUUUAUCAUUGUCAUCUUCAUCGUCGUAUUCAUCCGCCGCUUCGUCGCCGCAUUCCGGCCAAAACCUACGCAAUGGGACCGGCUUUCGGCGAAGUCGAAUGUUCGGAGUGGACGGAUUGUUGGAAAACGACGUUUUCGAUUUGGACCAGAGCAAUGACUUUGCUGCAGCUAAUCGGACCAGCGGGCGAAAAGCCAAGGUGCUCAACUUUUUGCCGGUCCCAGUGGAUGACGAGUGCCUUUCGGACGACGGACUUCGCACCGGCCAGUGCCUCAACAAGUACGAGUGUCGCAUCCAGGGUGGCUCAGCGCGGGGCCAAUGUGCGCUCGGUUUUGGCGUUUGCUGCAUAUUUACGGCCACAUGCGACCAGGAGAUGGGUAACAACAUUACGUACUUUAUAUCACCCAGCUUCCCGGCGUUGCUGUCCCGGACCAUGUCAGUGUGCAAGCUGAAGAUCAAGCUGAUGAGCGACGAAAUAACCCAACUGAAAUUCGAUUUCAUCCAUUUUGCAUUGGGACAACCGAAUCGACGAACGGGAAUUUGCGAUGGGGACGUGUUUAAACUAAUUGGCGGAGUGUUGCCGUUUGACCUGUGCGGUCAAAACGGUGGCCAGCACCUAUUCUACGAUCUUAACCCAAAGAGCCGGGCGGACGAGGAGAUUGAACUGUUGAUGAACUUUUCGCCGCGGUCCUUCACGCAGAGACUGUGGGAAAUCAAGAUUACACAGAUACCGUUCAGCCAGCGGGCUCCGAGCGGAUGUAUGCAGUAUUAUACGGGACUGGAAGGAAUCAUCCAAACGUUCAAUUUCGCCGAUAAUGGACGGCAUUUAGCGAAUCACAAUUACCGAGCGUGUAUUCGACAGGAAAAGGGAAUGUGUUCGGUGGCUUACGAGCCUUGUGAUGAUCAAUCUUUUCGAAUAGGUAAUCCUUUGUCGAACGGAGGAGGAAGUAAUUCGCCAGGUGGUUUCCCAGGGGGUUCAUCCGGAAGCCCAGGUGGACUAGCCGGGCCAGGUGGAUCUGCUGGGCCAGGAGGAACGGGAACGUUUUCUGAUCCAGCCCUCGCCAAUGACCCACUAGCUCCGGCAGCAGAUAUCCCUGUAGAUGGGGGUGAUACAGUUCCAGCCGCCUCGGAUGUCGAUGAUGCGGGACCAGGGUUGUUCGACACACCGGCGGAUGAUGCAGUGGCUGCAGAUGAACCGGCCUUGGCAGAUCCGGUCGCCGACGAAUCAGUAGCCGACGAAUCAGUAGCCGAUGAACCAGCAGCCGACGAACCACAGGCGGACGAGCCGGACGCUGCGGAUGAAGGUUCCGGUGGGGGUGGAGGUGGAUUCUUCGAUAGCUUCUUCCCGUCGUUCUUUUCGCGAAGCAUUUUCGAGACGUAUCGGAACUUCGAUGGAUCCCAUCGCCAGGGUCGGCAGUUUGGUGGCUAUUCGAGGCAGUUUAUCUCCAACUGUAGGGAUCGGAUAACGCUUCCCUGUAUUGUGGAGGAUUUCAUAGGGGCUGGUAUGGGUGAUUUGCCUAGUUGCAUUCCGGUGCACUGUGGAAACUCGCUGUGCCCGUUCGGGGUGUCCCCGUGCCGGUUGGAAACUUCCGUUACACCGUUCGGGUUGGGGAUACAUUUUGGAGAAGGUAUGGAUAAGGGCAGUCCGGAGGACAACAUCGGGGCUUGUUUGAGGUACAAUCAGCUUCCGUGUGCAGGGUAA